UAGCAGCACCAAAUUUCUCCACAAUCUCAAAACCCCGUCAGCCUAUCAGAUUCCGCCAUGUCGAGGUUUCCAGAAAUUCCUCCUAGUAUUGUCAGUACCAAAUCUCUCCACCUUCCCAAACACAGCCUUAAUCGCGCGGGAAGAUUUUCAGCAAGACUGGCGCCAUAAACAAUUAAACAAGCCGCAAUUCCUCGUCCACCUAUAGCAGACUCAAAGGUCAGAUCCGAUUUUCUCAUAUCCAACUUAUUACUAGUUUUUACAAAACCCUCAAUCGGAAUUCAUACUCGCAGUAGAGGAUGGACUUGCAAGGCUUAUCUCUGAUUUGUUCUGGUCUCGGUGUCGCUGAAGAGGACGAAAACGGCAAUCGCAUCGGCUACUUGAAGGGCGAAAACUGUCUAGAUAAUUUGAAGGAUUUAUUGAGAUUUUUGAGGCGUGAUGAUCCACAGACUCGUGAAGUAUUUAAACAAGUCUGUAGAUGGAACAUUGUGCCGAAAGAUUUGGUGCCAAUUAUGGAGCACUGUCAAGAUGAUCAUAGCUUGGUACUAAAUGCAGUAAAGGUCUUGGUGUUUCUUACCAUGCCCGUUGAACCUUCAUCCAGUGAUAUCCCUCAACAGAUAGAGUAUCUUUGGGGUUUGAAGUCUGCAAUUACAUGUAGUAACACUCUUGCAGUGGUUGUGUCCCUUCUUGAAGAUCCACUCCAAAAUUUGGAAAGUGAAUCGUUUACCGAGGAUGACUGGAAAUUGAUCCAGCUUGUACUCACUUUAUUUCGAAACAUUCUUGCCAUUCAAGACGUUUCCUCACUGCAAAAGGCUGGGAAUUCUGCUAGUCAAUUGUUGUUACUGAGAGAUAAAUUUCUGGAACUUCUGUUCCAUGAAAAUAUAAUGGACCUAGUUAUUGUUAUUACUCAACAUGUUGGCGGUUCUUGCGGCUAUUUUCGCCAAGAUAACUUACUUUUAUUGGAGAUUUUCUAUUAUGUUUUCAUUGGCCAGGAGCCAGAACUGAUAGCCAAAGCACAUUUAAAGGAUUCCAAGGUGGUAGAAAAAACCAAAGCAUCUUUUGAUAAUCUCAAGUCAAUUAUGGAAGAGGAAGAAGAGAAAAGAAAACUUUUCCGACAGCGGAAUAUGGGUCGUCAUUCACAAUUUAGUGGAGCUUUUGCACGGCUUACCAUGGAUGGUUCUAAAGCAGUGGUCAAAGGAAACCCUACUUCUGCUUCUUGCAAUGCUUUGCUUAAACCUCACAAAGUUCAACGUGGUCCAACUAAGAAGAUUGUGUGGGAUUAUGGUCGAUUAGCUUCAACUAAGGAUGACAUUUUGGAGUUGCUUCAUAAUUUUAUAGGCCAGUUUCUAGGAGGGGGUUACAAUGUUUUGAUGCGGUCAGUCCGAGAGGAUAUUGAAAAAGAAUGUCAUGGAAUUCAGAGCAGUGAUAUCAUAGUUUUCUUCCACGUUUCUCAUUUUGUUACUUCUUUUCAAUAUCACAAGUUUUUGAUCUCCAAGCCAGACAUGGAAACAGAUACUUCUCAAGUCUCUCCCAGCAAAUAUGCUGUUAGCACAGAAUUCAGAGGUGAUAUAUGUGGACCCAUUGCAGCGUCAAUGAAUGAGCCAAUGUUUCUAUUGGUCAUGUCAAGAUGGCGUGAUGCAUUUGAAGGCUUGAAGGAAACAAGCAACUACAAGUUCUUGUCUGCUGCGGGUUCUCUUAUGAAGACAAUGAUCCGCAUGUUAGAUUUGAUCCUUAAGUUACUGCCGGAAGAUUCCAGAGAGCCUCAAACAGCUCGCAUUAUGCUUUACAAGUUGUUCUAUGAUCAGACUGAUGAAGGAAUGACUCAGUUUCUGUUGAACCUGAUCAAAUCAUUUGACACUCACAAGCAACCAAAAAGUGAUCUUGCAGAUUUAGUGGAAAUGAUACAUGUAAUUGUAUGUCUUAUGGAGAAUCUUCAAGCACGUGGCACAUUACGGGUUUCCAAAAGGUCAAGGAAGGGUAGAAAAAAGAAAGCUUCAAAUGACAAGAUGCUAGCUGACAAUGAACUUUCUGUAGUCCAAGUCAAUCAGGUUGAGACUGGGAUCUGUAAUGGUGAGCGAUCAACAGAUUUGGGCUCAUCACAUAAGGAAAGGCUCACAAAUGCAGUUUGUAAUGGGAACGAAGACGUCAGUAUCCCAGAUAAGGUGGAUGCGCCUGAGAUAUCUGUGGUACCAGCAGUAAAUGUUGGAGCCGUUCUGCCACAAACGCAUAAAAGAAAGACUGAACAUGCUGACGAUCUUCUUAGUGGAAACAGUGAUUUGUCUGGUGAUGAGCUGCCAGCUGCAAAUGAUGAAGUUGAUUUCAAGGUCUCUAAGUUUAUUUCUGGAUUUGCACAAAGCAGCAUUAUUCAAAACUUGUGCUGGUUGCUUAAGUUUUAUAAGAGCAAUUCCAACAAUACCAAUCAUUACAUAAUCCGCAUGUUACGGAGGAUCACUGAUGAACUAGAACUGUCGCCAAUGCUAUAUCAGUUAUCACUCUUCACGACAUUCUAUGACAUUCUGGUUGAGCAGAAGUCACAUCCAUGUGAGCAAUAUGCGGAUAUUGUUGGUUUCUUGACCAGUUUGGUUAGAAAAAUGCUAAAGAAAAUGAGGAAUUUACCCUUACUCUUUGUGGAUGUUCUCUUCUGGAAGAAUCGAAAAGAAUGCCAUUAUAUUAAUGCUGAAUAUUUGUUGCACGAGGUUGGGAAUAUGAAGAAAAAGAGUAUGGCUUGGCGACUAAGCAAUGGAGAAACUGGGGCAUCACAUGCCGAUGGAUGGACUCACAAAAGCAUAGCAGAUGCGCUAGGAGAGGACGAAGCUGAUGUUAUGAUCUCCCAUGAGCUGGGAUAUCAGGAAGAGAAUGAAAACUUUGAUGAAGUGCAUGAGGGCGUCAAAUCUGUUUCAGGCUGUGAGAUUAGUGAGAGAGAAAAUGCUGACCACGAGAGACUUGUAGAAGAGAAAUCUGGACGGAUUUCUGGAAGAAAGAGAAGGCUUGUUCUAACUGAUGAGUUGGAAACGAAAAUCAAGGAUCUCUACGAGAAAUUCAAAGACAACUGGAACUGUAGCAGUCUCAUUGCACAAUCCCUAGAUCCUGAUGGCAAAAUUUCAGCGGCUCAAGUUUCCAACAAACUUGAGCAGUUAGGACUACAAGUUGUGCCGAAGAAAAGGGUGCGUCAUGCGGGAAUAUCUUUUCCGGCAGACUGUGAUCAACCUGGUAAAGAAGGAACAAAAUUUGAAGGAGAAACUGCUUAUGAUGAUUCAAUUGUAUCAGAAGAAGCCCCUUUAAGUCUGCAGCCCUUCAGGAAGACAAGAAAAAGAGUGUGUGCUUUCAGUGAAGAUGAGGAGGCUAUGGUUAAAACUUUAUUUGAGCAGUUUAAAUACCACAAGAGAUGCAGCUACAUGAUUGCAAAUGCACUGGAAACGAAAAAUACUAUCGCUGCGGCCCAAGUCUCUCAUAAACUGAAGGAACUUGGACUGCUUGUUCCUCGACGCAAGAGGUCUGAAUCAAGCAUGUAUCUGAGAGAUGAGGAACUUGAUGACUUUCCUCUGGGAAAAGGACAUGGUUCUGAUGACGAAACAUUGUUUUCCUUCAUGAAUAGGCCUAAAAACAAGGAUGGUGAUAGAUCAUCCCCUGAAGAGUUAUUAAAGUUGAAAGGUGAAGGAAAAUUGUUGGAUGAUUCUGAUGAUGAAAUCAUAAGCUCUGUUCUCCAGCGUAAAAAAAAGGAUGCCCAAAGACCAGUCUCUAAGGAGUUACCCAAUGAGAGCAGUGCAGGACAAUUCGUAAAUGCAUCCAAGGAUGAAACACUAAACUCCGGUCUCCAGAAAAAAAGGAAGUUACUUUCAAAGUCAAAGGAUGAGAAAGUCACAGCUGUAAUUGAUGAAAACUCCAGGAAGACAAUUUCCACACAGAGGGAUGUAACCAACCAGUUGAGCGGAAUCGAUAUCACAGUGAUUGACAUGGGUGACACUUUCAGCCAUAUCAGCCCUCAAGGCACAUCAGAGGCUGAAGUAGCUGACAGUAUCAAUGACAAUGGUGUUUCUUUACUUAAUGAUGUAGAUGAUUACCCAAAUCAUCAUAUGGAUGAUGAUUUGACAGAUUAUGGAAAUGAUACAGCUCCUCAGAGACGGAUGCAAAGUGCCGUACUUAGAAGGAAGUUGAGGGUGGUGGUUGAGGAUGAUGAUUGAGAGAAAGCAUGAGUAGGUCUCUCUCUCCCCAUCGCAAAAAUGCUUUGAAUAGGUAGUAUCUCAGUUGAGGAUGGCUAUAAGUUGCAUUAUUUUUCUGGAGUUGUGUCAAUUGAACUGGGAUAGUGUGUUUGCUACUGCUGCAACUCAUUAAGAUUUUUAUCAUCUACUGGUCAGGUAGUAUCCCAGGUGAGAGGUUUGACAUUUCUCAGCCUCCUGAACUUGUCACGUAACAACCUGUCCGGUGAAAUCCGAAGAGGUACCCAAAUCCAGAGUUCAUAAUUUGGCGAGUUGAGCUGAACAUGGAAAAAGAGCUAAAUCAGAUGAUCGGUUUGUAGGAUAUAAGUGGAUAUUAUGGCACUUGUUCAUAAUUUGGUGAGAGUCCCAAAUUGGAUUGUAACAGCCGAAAGGCCAAAGACUUUUGAUACGUAUUGGAAGCAAAGAAGCCAUCAACUUACGAAAACUAACCUAUUUUUCACUGUUAACAUAGUGUUCA